CUUACCUAUCGUCUGCGACUUGAAGAUCAGAGGAGGAAAAAAAAAAGAAAAAAGAAAAAAAGAAAAAGUAGGUAGACAGAGAGAUAGAUUCUACGUGUUAGUGAGAGAAAAAGUAGAAUGGAUGGUAGGGGAGGAUGCUGCAUAGCGAGGUACCAGGGGGGUGCAUAUGAUAUGUCAAAAGUUGAUCGGAUAAUGCUGAGAUUCCGGCCGAUCGCACCUAAACCGGCCAACGGCGGUUCAGGCUCUUCACCAGAGAUAACUGAGGUUAGUCCCAGGUCUGGCAGAGGAAAGAAGAGAUUAAACGCCGCAAGCGGGAAUAAUAGCAAGAGGUGUUAUAAUGGUAGCAAUAGGAAACGAAAGGUUUUGAACGAAGAGAAAGUAGAUGUUACGGUGGUGACUCUGCCCCUCUUGCCGGAGACUCCUGACAGAAAAGAGACUCCUGGAAGAGAAUCGCCGAUGGAAUUACAUCCACCAAGGGAGACAAAGAGCGUUCCCACAUGGCUUAGUUUUGGCAGCAAUAAGAAGGGUCAUGAUCGGAUGGUGAUCUCCGGAUCUUAUGCCACUUCAACAAAUCGGACUGUGGCGAUGCCUCAAGUGAUGAGGGUUGUUAUCGGGUCAUGCGUAACGGUGGAAUGUAUAACUGACGCAUGGGUGGAUGUGGAUGGACUUGGGCGUACGGAUGAGGAGAGAAGGAUGAAUCUGGAGAGGGACACGUGUCCCGGUUUCAUAUCGGAUGAUUUUGGAAGAGUAACGCGGACGAAUGAUGCCUACAGAAAGAUGGUGGGCCAGGGAGAGGACGGAAGAGGAGAGGUGGUGGUAUGGAUUGUGAUGAAAGAUAAACUGCCGGUAACGGCGGCGUUAGGGAGCAACAGUGCGUUCACAUGCAGGGUGAGGGUGCAGAAUCAGAACACGUGUAGGAGUACGAAGGAAGGGAGCUCGAUCACAGUACCUUGUGAUGUGUGGAGGAUGGACCGUGGUGGUUUUGCAUGGAGAUUGGACGUGAAAGCUGCUCUCUCUUUGGGCCGGUAAAUAAAUAAUAAAUAUAUAAAUUUAUGCAGCCCGAAGAUCCAAACCCGUAUAUCUAAUUGGAUCAGCGGAAUUAAUGACCGACUAGCAAAGCAUUAGCUUUAAACAGAGUGUUUUAACGAUAAUUAACAUGAGAAUGUCAAUAUUUCUGGUCCCGUCUGUUUGCUUUAUUUGAACUUUUCACUGUUCAUUCACGUUCCACUGUCAGUGAUAUUAUUAUAACGUCUGUUAAUAAUCUUAAGAGCAAGUUUAAAGAACUGAUGAAGAGGGAGAGAGAAAGAUUUGAAAAUAGUGAAGAAGAAUGAGGGCAGUAUGAGUUAGGUUUGGAUUUAUUGUGGAGGCCAUUCUUCCUUGUACUAUAAGUAAAUCUCUCUGCAGCUUUUGUUUUGCAUGAGAUGGACCACCACCACCCUGAAACCUGUAAUUUUCUUUUGGAGACGACGGAAUGUGGACAAGAAGCCGUUGAUUUUUCUGAGUUAGUGGUGCUUGAAUUGAACAUUGCAUUACAGUGUAUAUAUUUGAGAAGAGAAGUGCAGUGGUUGUAUUUCCUUUAUGUAUUGUUAUUAUUGUUGUGUAUUGGAAGUAGCAGCCUGACUGAUCUCUUAGUAAUUGUUGUAUCCUUCCUUUUUCAACAAAGAAUAUGGGCAUGAUCCUGUUCACUUUUUUU